AUGUGCUGCUGUUUCGGAUCCCGCGGGGAACACGUCGAGCCCGUCAAGAAAAUCUCACAGCAAGAAUUCGAUGAGAAGAAAAAAUUGUACGAAUCUAGCAGUCAUCGAUCAUUCGUCCCUGCUGAGCUGCAUAGGAGGGACCCUUCGAGAGGCAGCAGCACUUCUCGAAACGGGUAUCGAGGAUCGCAGAGUGGAUCUGGUGGUAUUAGAGAUUCGAGAGGUUAUAGCAGUAGUGGGGACUCUCACAGGUAUAGUAGUAGUGGAUAUGGCCAGGAAGGAUAUAGUCAGGGAGGACAUAGUCUGGGAGGACGCUCGCAACCAUCAUUGGGGACUAGAGCGCUGGGGAGUGGAUUGGGAUCUACACCGCGGUAUGACACUGACUACCGAAGAUGA